UCAAAAAGCCCUGGCGCUUACCGAGAGCUCCUGCGGUGAAUGGGCUGGUGUGUCUGCUUCGCGGUGGAGUAAACUUCUGAACCUGAGUGCCGCGAGUUGCAGCAGCAGAGGAAGGGGGUGAGGAGAAAGGACAUAGGAAAAAAAUGAUGGAGGCAGAUAUAAUAGCAGAUCUUCGAUGCAAACUCAAAGAGGUCGAAGAAGAGCGACUAAAAGCUGCGCAGUAUGGUUUACAGCUGGUGGAGAGCCAGAAUGAACUGCAGAAUCAGCUGGAUAAAUGUCGUAAUGAAAUGAUGACCAUGACUGAGAAUUAUGAACAAGAAAAAUAUACUCUUCAGAGAGAAGUUGAGCUCAAGAGUCGAAUGUUAGAAAGUUUGAGCUCUGAAUGUGAAGCUAUUAAACAGCAACAAAAAAUGCACCUGGAGAAAUUAGAAGAACAACUGAGCAGAAGCCAUGGACAAGAAGUGAAUGAACUAAAAAAUAAGUUAGAAAAACUGAAAGCUGAAUUAGAUGAAGCUCGGCUUAGUGAAAAGCAGCUGAAGCACAAAGUGGAUCAUCAGAAGGAACUCCUCUCCUGUAAAUCAGAGGAAAUGCGGAUACUAUCUGAACGUGCACACGAAAGCAUGUCUUCAGAGAUGCUGGCUCUUCAGAUUGAGCUGACCGAAAUGGAAAGUAUGAAGACCACCCUCAAAGAAGAAGUGAAUGAACUACAGUACAGACAAGAACAACUAGAACUUCUUAAUACUAAUCUAAUGCGCCAGGUUGACCGGCUUAAAGAAGAAAAAGAAGAACGAGAGAAAGAAGCAGUUUCCUACUAUAAUGCCUUAGAGAAAGCUCGAGUAGCAAAUCAGGACCUUCAGGUGCAGUUAGACCAAGCACUCCAGCAAGCCUUGGACCCUAAUAGUAAAGGCAACUCUUUGUUUGCAGAGGUGGAAGAUCGAAGGGCAGCAAUGGAACGUCAGCUUAUCAGCAUGAAAGUCAAAUAUCAGUCACUAAAGAAGCAAAAUGCAUUUAAUAGAGAACAGAUGCAAAGAAUGAAGUUACAAAUCUCCACCUUGCUGCAAAUGAAAGGGUCCCAAACUGAAUUUGAACAGCAGGAACGGCUGUUUGCCAUGUUGGAGCAGAAGAAUGGUGAAAUUAAACAUCUCUUAGGUGAAAUUAGAAAUCUGGAGAAAUUUAAGAGUUUAUAUGAAGGUAUGGAAUCUAAGCCUUCAGCCAACUCUAUCGCCCUGAAAGAUGACACCUAUUACACAGAUUUACUUCAGAUAAAGCUUGACAACUUAAACAAAGAAAAUGAAAACACUAAGGGUGAAUUGUCCAUCCAGCGAAUGAAAGCAUUAUUAGAGAGCCAGAGGGCUCUGGAUAUUGAGCGAAAACUUUUUUCAAAUGAAAGGUGCCUCCAGCUUUCCCAGAGUGAAAAUAUGAAACUGAGAGCUAAACUAGAUGAGUUAAAAUUGAAGUAUGAACCUGAAGAGAGAACUGAAGUACCUGUCCUCAAAAAGAGGCGUGAGGUGCUGCCUGUGGAUAUAACCACCCCUAAGGAUGCUUGUGCCAACAGUGCUGUUGGGGAAGGCGUUUAUAGAUUAUCACCUCAGAAAGAGGAGGCACCGGCCUGUCCUAACAGUUUAGAAGAUAACAGCUCGCAAUUAGAAAAGACAGUUUCUAUAAGCACAUCAGGAGUCAUUCUCUCUCCUCACAAAAAUCUUCCCAUGGAUAUUCAGCCAAAGAAGGAAAAGAAAUGUGUGAAACUCAUAGGAGUUUCAAAUGACUCUGAAGCCCUAAGUGAAAGAAGUGGAAACACCCCUAACUCUCCCAGGUUAGCUGCUGAAUCAAGCCUUCAAACAGAAGUUAAAGAAGGGAAAGAAACUGCAAGCAAAUUGGAAAAGGCAACUUGUAAGAAAUCACACCCUAUUGUAUAUGUGUCCUCCAAAUCCACUCCAGAGACCCAGUGCCCUCAGCAGUAAAGACUUUUCUUUAAGGAAAGUAAGGUACACUUGCCCAAAAGAUUGCCCUGGAGCUUAGUUAAGAUUGUGUUCAUCUGAAGUAUACCACCUUGUAUACUCACUGUGUCAGGAACUGACAUUUUCAUGCUCUUUUGACCAAAUGUUCAAAAUUUGGUCAUGAUUCUAGAGUUCCUUAAAUGAUGACCGUACACGGAGCUCUUAUGAAUCACAGUGAAUGAACUAAUAACUGAAGUUAAGUGUUAUUAUAAAUCUAUUUGUUGCGUUAUAUAUAUAUUUUAUAAAUGAUAUUAACACAACCUUCAGAGCCAUUGAAAAGAGAACACAUUAAUUAUUAUAUUUUCCUAUGUGCAUUUUUAUGGACGUUUUUCCCUAUGUUGUAAAAAUAGAAAACUUGGUUAAAAAAUAAAUUAUAUUGUAAUUAGGUUUUGUCAGUGUUUAAAGCACAUGUGUUUACCUUUGUAUUCAUAUACAUGAUUUAAAUUUUGUCUCAAAAAUAAUUUGAAAUUUAAAAUAAAACUGCUAUAAUUUA